AUACGUUCAUACCCAAAGAAGGCGAAGGGAGGGGUUUUUGUCUCGCGGAGUAAACACAAGACAAGGCGUGAUAGAGUGCGUUUUUGUCUGUGUGGUGAGUGAGAGUCACAGAGUAAUUGAGAAUUUCAAAUAUUGGUUAACAAAAAAAAAAAGAAUAAGGGACCGUUGCGACUCGCUCGCGCCAUGGAGAAGGAGAAGGAGAAGGAGACGCAGAAUGAGCGCCACCACGCCAAGACACUCAUCUGUGCCCUCAACCUUCUCUCGCGCGACCUCCCUCUCCCUCCUCAUAUUCUCAAUUCCGUCUCUUCCAUCUACCGCAAUCAUGAUGAUGGAGGUAAUUCUGGAGAGGACUUGAUAUUGGAUCUUGAAGAUGCACUGUCGAAGCAGCGUCCAAACUGCGUGUCUGGUUUUAAACUAGAGAAAGCAAGGGAAAGUCGGUAUCGAAGUCAGAUUCAGCAUCGAUUGAAUGAUCUUCAAGAAUUGCCUUCAAGCCGGGGAGAGGACCUGCAGACAAAAUGCUUGCUUGAACUUUAUGGACUAAAGCUUGCAGAGUUGCAGAUGAAGGUUCGUACUGAUGUGAGUUCUGAAUACUGGCUCAAUGCUAAGUGUGCUUAUCCGGACAGGCAAUUGUUUGAUUGGGGCAUGAUGAGGCUGCGUCGUCCAUUAUAUGGGGUUGGAGAUCCAUUUGCCAUGGAUGCUGAUGAUCAAUUAAGGAAGAAACGGGAGGCCGAGAGACUAUCAAGAUUAGAAGAAAAGGAGAAAAAUCAUAUAGAGACUAGAACAAGGAAAUUUUUUGCAGAAAUACUCAACACUGUCCGUGAGUUCCAAUUACAAAUUCAAGCUUCUUUGAAGAGGAGAAAACAGAGGAAUGAUGGUGUCCAGGCAUGGCAUGGAAGACAAAGACAACGAGCAACUCGGGCAGAGAAAUUGAGGUUCCAAGCCUUGAAGGCUGAUGAUCAAGAAGCGUACAUGAGAAUGGUGAAAGAGAGUAAGAAUGAGAGAUUAACUUUGCUUCUUGAAGAAACAAAUAAACUACUAGUAAAUUUAGGAGCAGCUGUUCAACGUCAAAAAGACAAAAAGUAUUCAGAUGGUAUUGAGCCAUUGGAAGAUUCUGAAGCAGAUUUACCAGAGUCAGAAAAGAAUGGAAUUUCUAAGGAGUCACCUAUUGAUGAAGACGAUAUGAUCGAUUCUGAUCAUAAUGGUGAUUCCAGUGAUUUACUUGAGGGUCAGCGGCAAUACAAUUCUGCCAUACAUUCAAUUCAAGAAAAGGUGACUGAGCAACCAUCUAUUCUUCAAGGUGGAGAGUUAAGACCAUACCAGAUAGAGGGGCUCCAGUGGAUGCUUUCUUUGUUCAAUAACAAUUUAAAUGGAAUUUUGGCUGAUGAAAUGGGGCUUGGGAAGACGAUACAAACAAUUUCGCUUAUAGCAUAUCUUAUGGAAAACAAGGGUGUUACCGGUCCCCACUUGAUUGUUGCUCCAAAGGCAGUUCUGCCAAAUUGGGUCAAUGAAUUCACAACAUGGGUUCCUAGCAUCACAGCUAUUCUUUAUGACGGACGGCUGGAUGAGAGGAAGGCAAUGAAGGAAGAGUUAUCAGGGGAGGGGAAAUUCAAUGUUUUAUUGACUCACUAUGAUCUUAUAAUGAGAGAUAAAGCAUUUCUCAAGAAAAUUCAAUGGAAGUACUUGAUUGUGGAUGAAGGGCACCGGUUGAAAAACCAUGAGUCUGCUCUGGCAAGAACCUUGGACAAUGGUUAUCACAUCCAACGAAGACUCCUGUUGACUGGUACCCCAAUUCAGAACAGUUUGCAGGAGUUGUGGUCUUUGCUUAAUUUUCUCCUUCCAAACAUUUUUAACUCGGUUCAAAAUUUCGAGGACUGGUUUAAUGCCCCCUUUGCAGACCGAGUUGAUGUCUCCCUCACCGAUGAGGAACAACUAUUGAUCAUCCGGCGCCUGCAUCAAGUAAUAAGGCCCUUCAUAUUAAGAAGGAAAAAAGAUGAGGUGGAAAAAUUUCUUCCUGGGAAAUCUCAGGUCAUACUCAAAUGUGAUAUGUCAGCCUGGCAGAAAGUAUAUUAUCAACAAGUUACAGAUGUAGGCAGAGUUGGGUUGGACAACGGUUCUGGAAAGUCAAAAAGUCUACAAAAUUUAACAAUGCAACUCAGAAAGUGUUGUAACCAUCCCUACCUAUUCGUGGGAGAAUAUGAUAUGUAUAAACGUAAGGAGGAGAUUGUUAGAGCAUCAGGUAAGUUUGAACUUCUUGACCGUUUGCUCCCAAAACUUCGCAGAGCUGGUCACAGAGUCCUCCUUUUCUCACAAAUGACUCGACUUAUGGACAUUCUUGAAAUCUAUUUACGACUUCAUGAUUUUAAGUAUCUUAGACUUGAUGGUUCAACAAAAACUGAGGAAAGAGGCAAUCUUCUAAGGAAAUUUAAUGCUCCUGACUCCCCAUACUUUAUGUUUCUCUUGAGCACCCGUGCUGGAGGUCUUGGUUUGAACUUGCAAACAGCAGAUACUGUUAUAAUCUUUGAUAGCGAUUGGAAUCCACAAAUGGAUCAACAAGCCGAGGACCGAGCACAUCGCAUUGGACAGAAAAAGGAAGUUAGGGUUUUUGUUUUGGUUAGUGUAGGAUCAAUUGAAGAGGUGAUUCUAGAGCGUGCAAAACAAAAAAUGGGCAUUGAUGCCAAAGUUAUCCAAGCAGGACUUUUCAACACAACUUCGACAGCCCAGGACAGAAGAGAAAUGUUAGAAGAGAUUAUGCGCAGAGGUACAAGCUCACUUGGGACAGAUGUGCCGAGUGAGAGAGAAAUUAACCGUCUUGCUGCCCGAUCUGACGAGGAGUUUUGGCUGUUUGAGAAAAUGGAUGAAGAGAGAAGACAAAAGGAAAAUUACAGAUCCCGUCUCAUGGAAGAACACGAAUUGCCAGAUUGGGUAUAUUCUCCAAUUAACAAGGAUGAUAAGUCCAAAGAUUUCAACAGUGCUGUCACUGGAAAACGGAAAAGAAAAGAAGUGGUAUACGCAGAUACGUUGAGUGAUCUGCAAUGGAUGAAGGCUGUGGAGAACGGAGAAGACAUAUCAAAGUUUUCAGCUAAAGGAAAAAGAAGAGACCACCACUCAUCUGACAGCAUUGCUCAAGCCAGCGAUAACACAGUAGCAGAAGAAAGUUUAGAGUUGAGGACUGAAAGUGUUCCUAUGACAAACGAUCGCACGAGUGAAGAUAGUUUCCAUGUGACCCCUUCUUCAAAGAGAUUCAAAUCUGAAGGAACGAAUUUCCUGAAACAUACAUACGAGGAUGUUGGAAGUGGUUUGAACCACCAUGUGUUAUCAUGGAAUACUCACAAAAAGAAGAGGUCAAGUUUUCUGGGCCAGGGUUCAUUAUCUGAUGCCAGAGGGCAUUCUUCCAAUGGAAGAGCAAACUGGAACUGAUUUGAGUUUAAUUAGUCAUUGCCUAUGGGUGCCAGAAUUUUGCACAACUAUUGAUUGUGAUUCUGCGAGAAGAUCUUAGGGCAAAAAAGACAAGGAACUUUCGUGUAUUAGGCCAGAUUUUUCUAUUAUGUAUGCAACAUCCAUAUUUAGCUAAAAAAGUUAAUGAAAGAAAAUAUUCGAGGCUAAGUUA